CCCCCCACCUCCCCUUCUCCCCUCCACUGUUCUUCUCCUCUCUAGCCGCGUCGCAUCUUAGUCUCCUCCACUCUCGUCACUCCACAGGUAAAAGAUGGCAGGAAAAGGUGGGAAGGGGUUGCUGGCGACCAAAACAACAGCUGCGAACAAGGACAAGGAUAAGGACAAGAAGCGUCCAGUUUCCCGGUCAUCUCGCGCCGGCAUUCAGUUUCCUGUUGGUCGGAUCCAUCGUCAUCUCAAAACCAGGACUUCUGCAAAUGGGAGAGUUGGGGCAACUGCUGCUGUUUACUUGGCUUCAAUUCUGGAGUAUCUGACUGCUGAGGUUCUUGAGCUGGCUGGAAAUGCCAGCAAGGAUCUGAAGGUAAAGAGAAUCACUCCAAGGCAUCUUCAGCUUGCCAUCCGGGGAGAUGAGGAGCUUGACACCCUCAUCAAGGGCACCAUUGCUGGAGGUGGUGUGAUUCCUCACAUCCACAAGUCCCUCAUCAACAAGACCACCAAAGAUUGAGCCAACUCUCCUCCCUUAAGGAUGUCAUCUCUAUGCCACUCUUUGGUCAUUGUAGGUUUCUGUUAGGAUUUAUCUUACUCUUUUAUCUCUGCUAGGAACAUCUGGGUCAGUAUAUAUAUAUAUUGUCCAACUCUGUGUUUGCUUACCCGUUUCGACUUUGCCAGGAUAGGCAUGUUGAUUGGUGGAUAACUUUUUAACUUAUAACUAUCAUGUUAUGUGUUCCUUAUAUGAUUGUGAAGUUUCUAUUUUUAAAUGUUA